AUGCCGGGGGAAAAACGCAGAUUAAGUGCAAACCUGAACAAACACACGCAACGGAGCGUGAAGACGCACUACAGGCAGGCGCGCGCACACCGCUCCUUCGAGUUACUGCGCUUAGCUUGUCGCGACGCAGUGUUUACUUUCGAUUCUACCCCGGAUGCGACCGCAUCAACUAGUGACUCAAGCACAACAGCUGAGAUUUCAACAACAGCUAGCCCGGAUGCGACCGCAUCAACUAGUGACUCAAGCACAACAGCUGAGAUUUCAACAACAGCUACCCCGGAUGCGACCGCAUCAACUAGUGACUUAAGCACAACAGCUGAGAUUUCAACAACAGCAGCUACCCUGGAUGCGAUUGUAUCAACUAGUGAUUCAAGCACAACAGCUGAGAUUUCAACAAUAGCCGCUACCCCUGAUGCGACCGCAUCAACUAGUGAUUCAAGCACAACAGCUGAGAUUUCAACAACAGCAGCUACCCAGGAUGCGACCACAUCAUCUAGUGAUUCAAGCACAACAGCUGAGAUUUCAACAACAGCAGCUACCCCUGAUGCGACUGCAUCAACUAGUGAUUCAAGCACAACAGCUGAGAUUUCAACAACAGCAGCUACCCCGGAUGCGACCACAUCAUCUAGUGAUUCAAGCACAACAGCUGAGAUUUCAACAACAGCAGCUACCCCUGAUGGGACCGCAUCAACUAGUGAUUCAAGCACAACAGCUGAGAUUUCAACAACAGCAGCUACCCAGGAUGCGACCGCAUCAACUGGUGAUUCAAGCACAACAGCUGAGAUUUCAACAACAGCAGCUACCCCUGAUGCGACCGCAUCAACUAGUGAUUCAAGCACAACAGCUGAGAUUUCAACAACAGCAGCUACCCCGGAUGCGACCACAUCAUCUAGUGAUUCAAGCACAACAGCUGAGAUUUCAACAACAGCUACCCCGGAUGCGACCGCAUCAACGAGUGACUCAAGCACAACAGCUGAGAUUUCAACAACAGCUACCCCGGAUGCGACCGCAUCAACUAGUGACUCAAGCACAACAGCUGAGAUUUCAACAACAGCUACCCCGGAUGCCACCACAUCAUCUAGUGAUUUAAGCACAACAGCUGAGAUUUCAACAACAGCAGCUACCCCGGAUGCGACCACAUCAUCUAGUGAUUUAAGCACAACAGCUGAGAUUUCAACAACAGCUACCCCGGAUGCGACCGCAUCAACUAGUGACUUAAGCACAACAGCUGAGAUUUCAACAACAGCAGCUACCCCUGAUGCGACCGCAUCAACUAGUGAUUCAAGCACAACAGCUGAGAUUUCAACAACAGCAGCUACCCCGGAUGCGACCACAUCAUCUAGUGAUUCAAGCACAACAGCUGAGAUUUCAACAACAGCAGCUACCCCGGAUGUGACCACGUCAUCUAGUGACUCAAGCACAACAGCUGAGAUUUCAACAACAGUUACCCCGGAUGCGACCGCAUCAACUAGUGACUCAAGCACAACAGCUGAGAUUUCAACAACAGCUACCCCGGAUGCGACCGCAUCAACGAGUGACUCAAGCACAACAGCUGAGAUUUCAACAACAGCUACCCCGGAUGCGACCGCAUCAACUAGUGACUCAAGCACAACAGCUGAGAUUUCAACAACAGCUACCCCGGAUGCGACCGCAUCAACUAGUGACUUAAGCACAACAGCUGAGAUUUCAACAACAGCCACCCCGGAUGCGACCGCAUCAACUAGUGACUCAAGCACAACAGCUGAGAUUUCAACAACAGCUACCCCGGAUGCGACCGCAUCAACGAGUGACUCAAGCACAACAGCUGAGAUUUCAACAACAGCUACCCCGGAUGCGACCGCAUCAACGAGUGACUCAAGCACAACAGCUGAGAUUUCAACAACAGCUACCCCGGAUGCGACCGCAUCAACGAGUGACUCAAGCACAACAGCUGAGAUUUCAACAACAGCUACCCCGGAUGCGACCGCAUCAACUAGUGACUUAAGCACAACAGCUGAGAUUUCAACAACAGCAGCUACCCCUGAUGCGACCGCAUCAACUAGUGAUUCAAGCACAACAGCUGAGAUUUCAACAACAGCAGCUACCCCGGAUGCGACCACAUCAUCUAGUGACUCAAGCACAACAGCUGAGAUUUCAACAGCAGCUACCCCUGAUGCGACCGCAUCAACUAGUGAUUCAAGCACAACAGCUGAGAUUUCAACAACAGCAGCUACCCCGGAUGCGACCACGUCAUCUAGUGACUCAAGCACAACAGCUGAGAUUUCAACAACAGCUACCCCGGAUGCGACCGCAUCAACGAGUGACUCAAGCACAACAGCUGAGAUUUCAACAACAGCUACCCCGGAUGCGACCGCAUCAACUAGUGACUCAAGCACAACAGCUGAGAUUUCAACAACAGCUACCCCGGAUGCCACCACAUCAUCUAGUGACUUAAGCACAACAGCUGAGAUUUUAACAACAGCAGCUACCCCGGAUGCGACCACAUCAACUAGCGACUCAAGCACAACAGCUGAGAUUUCAACAACAGCUACCCCGGAUGCGACCGCAUCAACUACCGACUUAAGCACAACAGCUGAGAUUUCAACAACAGCUACCCCGGAUGCGACCGCAUCAACAAGCGACUCAAGCACAACAGCUGAGAUUUCAACAACAGCUACCCCUGAUGCGACCGCAUCAACUAGUGAUUCAAGCACAACAGCUGAGAUUUCAACAACAGCAGCUACCCCGGAUGCGACCACGUCAUCUAGUGACUCAAGCACAACAGCUGAGAUUUCAACAACAGCUACCCCGGAUGCGACCGCAUCAACGAGUGACUCAAGCACAACAGCUGAAAUUUCAACAACAGCUACCCCGGAUGCGACCGCAUCAACUAGUGACUCAAGCACAACAGCUGAGAUUUCAACAACAGCUACCCCGGAUGCCACCACAUCAUCUAGUGACUUAAGCACAACAGCUGAGAUUUCAACAACAGCAGCUACCCCGGAUGCGACCACAUCAACUAGCGACUCAAGCACAACAGCUGAGAUUUCAACAACAGCUACCCCGGAUGCGACCGCAUCAACUACCGACUUAAGCACAACAGCUGAGAUUUCAACAACAGCUACCCCGAAUGCGACCGCAUCAACAAGCGACUCAAGCACAACUGCUGAGAUUUCAACAACAGCUACCCCGGAUGCGACCGCAUCAACAAGCGACUCAAGCACAACAGCUGAGAUUUCAACAACAGCUAUCCCGGAUGCGACCGCAUCAACAAGCGACUCAAGCACAACAGCUGAGAUUUCAACAACAGCUACCCCGGAUGCGACCGCAUCAACAAGCGACUCAAGCACAACAGCUGAGAUUUCAACAACAGCUACCCCGGAUGCGACCGCAUCAACAAGCGACUCAAGCACAACAGCUGAGAUUUCAACAACAGCAGCUACCCCGGAUGCGACCGCAUCAACAAGCGACUCAAGCACAACAGCUGAGAUUUCAACAACAGCUACCCCGGAUGCGACCGCAUCAACAAGCGACUCAAGCACAACAGCUGAGAUUUCAACAACAGCUACCCCGGAUGCGACUGCAUCAACAAGCGACUCAAGCACAACAGCUGAGAUUUCAACAACAGCAGCUACCCCGGAUGCGACCGCAUCAACAAGCGACUCAAGCACAACAGCUGAGAUUUCAACAACAGCUACCCCGGAUGCGACCGCAUCAACAAGCGACUCAAGCACAACAGCUGAGAUUUCAACAACAGCUACCCCGGAUGCGACCACAUCAACUAGUGACUCAAGCACAACAGCUGAGAUUUCCACAACAACAACAACAACUACCCCGAAUGUGACCACAUCAACUAGUGACUCAACCACAACUACUACCCAACAGUCUCUUACAACAAUGACAACUACUACCACAAAACAACCUGUACAAUGUGAAAAUGGUGGAACUCCAGCAGGCAGUGGUUGUUACUGCCCCCCUGGUUUUACAGGAAGGCUGUGCAACACUGUUGAAGUGGAAAUCACAAUUCCAGAAACUAUUGAAAGGAAAAUCAUUGCAGACAUGGAUAUCAACAAGACAUAUACUGAUAACUUAGGAAAUCCAUCCACAGAAGAAUACAAAAGUUUUACAAAAAACUUCAUUGAUCAGAUGACACCAUACUAUAUCAGCAGUAUCAAGGGGUUCUUAAACAUAACAAACAUAACACUGAGUGAAGGAAAAACUUUCAGGGGACAAAUGUGGCGUAUGCGGAUAGAGAAUAAAAAUUCUGUUCCUAAAAGUGUGAAUGUUAAGCAUGAUAUUGUUGUAGAAGUUAAAACCACAGAUGCUGAAGACUCCUAUAAGGACGUUGUAAAGAAUGUCGAAAGUGCUCUUAAUUCAGUUACAAACUGUAGUACCAUAACAACAAAGGCCUGCCCUAACUUUACUGUGAAUAACGCCAUUGCCAUUGAAACUCCAAUAAAUGGAACAGAGCUCUGUGAUGAGGCUACAGCAAAUCUUUCUGAGGACUAUCGUAAAUAUUUCACUCUUGUCAAUGUGAAAGGCAAACUAACAUGUGUCACCCAAUGUCAUCCUAAUCAUCCUAAUCCAAGGACUUGCCACAACAAAGGUACCUGUGCAGUUACCAAGAAAGGACCAGAAUGCUACUGUUCUCAGUCAAGUGAAAACUGGUAUCUUGGAAAUGAUUGUGGUUUCCAAGUUCACAAAGUGGGCUUUUACGCUGGAAUGGCAGUUGCCGCUGUGUUUUUGGUAUUAGCUAUAGCUGUGCUUUCAGCAUAUGUUUUAUUAAAUAAAAGGACAGAGAAAAGGAAUAAAGACAGUAAGGAAGCUCUUGUAAAUCAAUGGAUUGACGAUGACUUUGAGUGGCCCUCACAAAAAAGGACAAACAUAUCUCAUUCAGCUGUCAAUGAAGCAUAUGAUAAUACUCAACGAUUAAACAAGAACUUCUACGAUCAGAGUACUACAACACAAAGAACAGCAGCUGCCACAAAUCCUUCUUCCUCCAAAUUCAGUUUACCUCAGGAUGGCAUUUCCCUUCAGUCUAUCCACAGAAAUCAUCCUAUGAGAAACAGCAAACCUGAGAUCUUCAAUUUUAUUUCGAGGCCAGAAAUGUAUAACUCUGGUGUGUGAUGUUUAACACUCUAGACAAGAAGAUUAUUUACAUUUUUGCUACAAUAUUCCAAAGACUAUUCAAAACACUUAUUUGCAGAUUGCGUGUUUUAGUUUAUGAUAACUAAAAGUAAUGAUUGAGUGACAAGAUAUAAGAAGCACUUUUGGUAGAUCAAAAACAUGAAAAAAGUAUAAAUGUUAUGUACAAUUAAAAACAUAGACUACAUAUUUUUUGCACUAUUAUACUGUAUAUUUAAUCAUUUCUUUAUUAAUAAUGUAUUACAUCUAUUGUACAGUAACUGUUUUGAUUUACUUCCAUUAU